AUGGCUCGUGAACUACCCGCCGUCGAACACUUAGGGUACAGUCUCAACAUGCUUGAAGUUACCCCUGCCGACAUUAACUCGCUUACCGUAGCCGUCAAGAGAGGUCGCCGAAUCCUGCAGUUUUACCCCGAUGAAGAUACUCGCGAAGUUACCAUCGGUAAAGAGGUCUAUAACGUCCCCCGUUGCAUUGGAAUCUCGUCGAUAAACAGCGUCAAUGGUGCCUAUACGACCUACAAGUCCGGGUCAGAGGCAAACAGCUACUUCGAAGCUGACGCGUCAUUGUCUGUGCGAUACCUCGGCGUCUCCGGGAGUGUCUCUGCUUCCUACGCCACCGAGAAGAUGUUUCGUCAAGAGAAUCAAUACGCGUUCUACUCGUUCAAUUCCUCUACCUACGUCGCUGUGUUGCGCGACUGGGCCGAUUUAUUGAACGAGACCGCGUUGAAGAGGAGGCUGGAAACCAUGCCGAGGCCUUUCGAUGCGAAUAACGAAAGCCAUGUCAACGAGUGGAAAGAGUUCUUUGACUCAUGGGGCACUCAUGUGAUCUUGAACGCAACAUACGGAGCAAGAUAUCAGUUGGAAGUUCACGCAUCGAACUCGGAGAGCUCUGUCAACAAUCGCUUCUCCAGUAGCGUUCAAGCCUCUUACAACGGCAUCAUGGCUGGCGGGGAUUUCGAUGCGUCAGUCAAGUCGGAGGAGCAGUACAAGACUUUUACGGAUUUCAAGCAGCAAAACAUUGCUGUCAAGGGUGGCGAUGCGAACCUCUCCAAUAGGUUGGGAGCGAUACCUUCCGAUUAUGACCUUUUCAUCGAAUGGGCCGAGUCGGUCGCGUCUUUCUCCGACCUGUGCAACUUUACGAUCAUCGACGUCUGGACUUUAAUGAGGGAGGCAGUUGCCAAAGAACUGAGGGAUCUGGCGGGAGACGCAGAGAAAGCGUACAAACACUUGUCGUCGCACCGCAAUGUUUACCAGACGCAGGUGACAUUGACCAUCGAGUCCGACUGGGCCGAAUUCGGGUUACUGACUCCUAGUGCCGUCAUCGUUCCGGCCCCCAACGCAGAAAUUCCAUCGAAGACGGUCUUCACAGAGACCCGUGUCCAAUGGGGCAAGGAGUUCAGCCACCAAUACGAGCGCAAAGACAUCAGGUUCAUGAUCAUCAACGACGGCUCACCAAUCGAUUUCUACAUUUCUCACGGGAGUAAAGCGGGACAAGGCCAAGGAAAGGCAACUGUGAUCAUCGAGUCGGCCCACUAUACGAAUGACAAGAUCACCGAUAACUUCUGGAACACCGAGUGGUACUAUCAGAAGCCAGCCGCAGGAAGAAAGAUCCCUACAAAGUUGUCUCGCUCCAAAGCUCCGCAGAAAUGGUCCAACGUCUUGAGUGGGUAUCUGCACGAAAUCGGGUUCUACGAGCACAAGGAUGCCAACGUUGCAGCUGCCGAAGAGUUACUGGAAUUGGAAGAGGCCGCAGAAUAG